AUUCAGCCGCAGUCGCGAGCCGCCCGCCGAGAGGCACACACGCGUCCAGUGGACGAGUUGCGGCGAUGGCGCGAUGAAUUGCGCUCGCGCGGCGUACUGGGCCCUCCUCUGCCUCGCCGCUAGCGCCCUAGCCGCGCCAAGACGCCUCUACUGCGAGCGCGCCGACGUCGCCUGGCGGGCCUACCGUGCGCCCGCGGCCUUUGAGGCUCGCAUUCAGUCCUUGUCCAAAGACGCAGCGACCAUCCAGAUCAAGCGCGUGCUCAGGCAGCAAGGACACUGGCCACGGGAGGAUUCUAUCUUACGACUGAAACUCCCGCCUCAGGACCCUCGCGAGUGCACGGGGCGGUUCGAAGUCCCUUUGAAAAAUAGAAGAAACUACAUAGUCUUUGCCGAAAGACACGGACACCAGGCUGUGGCGCUAGGCCCGCCGCUGAAGAGGACUGGGAAACUGCUGCGGAGGAUCAGGGCAGUCUACAAGCCGGGAUACAGUAGUCCAGCAAGAGUGGAACCAAUGCAAUCGGUGCGAACGACUCGCGGGAGCCGUGUCCGGCUGGAGUGCAGGGCGAGCGCGCGCCCGCCGCCUCGCAUCACAUGGUAUAAAGACGGCCGGCCCGUCGCCGAUAUCGCGCUCAGGAGAUUCCGGGUGCAGAACUUUAGGAGGCGCUCAGUGCUAGUAAUAAGGCACGCUCGGCGCGAGGACACGGCCACCUACGAGUGCAGAGCUCAGGGUGCCGUGGGGCCGCCGGCCGUGGCCGCGGCUAACGUCAGCGUCAUGCUGCCUGUCACGGCGACGCCAGACACGACGACAUUGGGAGCCCCAUGUCCAAUGCCUGACCCGUCUUCCUACUGCCUCAAUGGAGGCACUUGCCUAUACUUUCAGCUUGUACAAGAACAAGCUUGCAAAUGCCCUGAAGGUUUUAACGGCCAGCGCUGCGAAAACAAGGAUAUAACAAAUAGCAGUAGUAUGUAUCAUUCCUAUACGUGCAAACUGGGCCUCUCCACGUCCUACUACUGUUAGCUGUUACUACACAACUCCGCAAUGACUUUGACCUGCGGAAUUUAGCUAGCUUACAUAGGAAAGCUAAAAUCCGUGAGUUUAAAGUAUCCAUAAGUAUAAAACUUUCCGCUUCAUGGUCUUACAUGCGAUUGUGAUUCUACUGAAAAUGGUUUGAAAAGCUUGAGGUCGGUUGAGUUAAGUGUGUGUGCGCGUGAGAACAAAACUAAGAUUUUUGGAGACUGCUUUCGCGUACAGUUAAUGUUAACUUAUAAUAUAAACAUGUUGUAGCAUGAGCGGACCUUUUGUACUUAUUUAUUUUGUGGCAUAACCCACCUGGUUUUAUAUAAUAUUUGCUCGCGAUGUUACAUACACCGCAUUCGAAUGUUGGACUGUAAAUUAGUUAUCUUGACUAUAGUAAGUUUUUUUUAUAGAAUAGGCGCUGGUAUUUUGUCACUCAAUUUCAAAAAUCCACUUUUUGUAGAUAAAUUUCUAAAUUUCGAAAUAAAAAACAGAUGAUUAUCAGAGUCUGUUUGCGAUUUAUUAUGAUGACUGAAGUGAUUCAUUUGUGAAUUUUUAAAGUAGCAAAAUCAAAACGAAUAGCUAAAAAUAUAAAAUAAUACAUACGUUGGUGUAAGUAUAUGGGGCCAGCUGUUAGCGAGGCUAUUUUUAUCGUAAACAUCUAUUUUUAGCUUCUACCUGCUGAAAUUACUCGGCAAACUCUUGUUUCUCACAUUAUUGAGGAGAAAACAUGAUGUACCAACAACAGGGCGAUGAUUGCCCAAUUUUUGCAUUUAGCUGUGUUUUUUGUCGUUUACAAGUAGCUAGAUUUUUUAAAUAUAAUACGUAGGUACAUGGCUGGCCCAGUGAGAUUGUUAACUUAAGAUUUUACAAACACAUUACUCAGAUAUUUAAUGUUUUGAUUAAGCUAUGCAAAUUUAUUUGAAAUGAAUAUAGGUAUUCGGUUUUAUUUGUUUUCUAUACAUACAAGGAACCGAUAAUCUGGAAAAAAAAUCUUUAUUCAUGAAGUUGUAAAUAUUUUACAUGUAUUAUUAUUCCUAUUUGUAUUUUUUGGAAUUUAUUAUUUACGAUUAAGGUUUGGUAGUCCGUAACUGUCAGAGACUUUCAAAUUAUGUACAUACAUAUCUAAUAGGUUAAGGGUUUAUUACAUGAAUAAAACUCAUGAACAGUUAAUAAUACUAACUUAUUUGCUAUGCGAAUAUUUAAUCCUUUUAAAUGUUCCCGGUAUCAUAAAUAUUAUUGGUUCAUAAAAAUACAUAAAUAUAUACCUACAUAGAAGACAACGGCAGCUCCUUAUUAAUAAGCGUUAUUAAAUGAAUUUUAAAAUUACAGUCGGUCCCUCUCCAAUUAUCAUAUCCCGUUCAAACUUAAUUUCAAUUCAAUUUCAAUUUAUUUAUUUUGCUAAUAUACACAGAUACAAUAUUGGUCAUGUCAGUGUGGUACAAAUUCAUGAGUGCAUAUUACGCCACAAUAGGCAUGCAUCUUUUUAUUAUUCACAACGACGGGACUUAAUCGCGUUGUAUAAGUUUUAAAUGUACCUCCGACGUUUCGAGGACGGCGUUGUCCCCGUGGUCUCGGAGAAGACUGGCUAAAGUUGACAUCAACAUCUUCUAGGCGCGCGAGUUUUUCGAACUACCCGCACUUGGUCUUGUUUAUUAACUUGAACGUUGUUUUAAAACUUAUUUUUUCUACUCGUCGACUAUAAUAUGUUUAUUACAACUUCAUAUGCAACACUACAACCUUACUCUUUUCAACGUUGGAUAAUCUAUUGCACUUCCGACUCAAGCAUAAGAAUUUAAUCGAUACGGUUUAGUCAAUUAUAAAAAUUUUGAAAAUAGAACUUCAUACAUUUCGAUAAAAUAUUUCUUGUUUAAGGAGACUCGAUUCAAUUCAAAUUAGCCUACUUAAACACGCUGCUGCGUCGCAUCUGCUUUGUGAUUGGUUGGCCAACAAAAACAUUUUAUUUUAUGUUGUAGUCGAAACAAUUGCUUCAUAAGUCAGAAACGCACAUGUGACACCCUUCAUAUAGCAACAUCCAUACCCUACGAAAACCGCUUAGCGUUGCUUGCUAGUCUCCAUAGGCUACGGUGGCCAAAAUCGAGAAAAAAAAACUGUCUUAAAAUUGAAUUUAUCAAGGAGCAGGUACCAGGGUCUCAUGAGUUACGAGGAGGAAUAACCCGCCGGGGGCGCCGGGCCCCGGCGUACGAGUAUGAAAGUAUCGCGGGCGACGGCAGCUCGCGUAUCUUAGCUGUAUAUUUUUGGUUUGGUUACCCCUAUAUGAUUCUACUAGUUGAAAGUAUUAUUUUUUUGUCUCGUAGAAAAAGUAUUUUAUACAAUAGUGAUAUAAUCAAGCUUUUCAAUCUUGUGCCUUACUUAAGCAACUCAGCAAGCUUCGUUGCUUAAACACGGUACUCGACUGAAAAGCUCUCUAUUAUAUCACGAUUGUAUAAAAUACUAUUACGCCAUUAAGUCCCGUCGUUGUGAAUAAUAAUAAGUAAAAAUCGUGAAAGUUUAAAUCAGUGCUUAAUCUUUUUCCUACAAAAAUAGGGGCCAAUGACUGUACUUUAAAGGGUAAGUUAAAAGGGUAGUUUAGCAUAUAUGUCUGUUAUAUUCGUGUUUCGGUUUCAUACCUCAAAAGGAAAAAUUAACCCUUGAUGUUGUCAAAAGUCGCAUAGCAAAUAAGCCAACAUAAAGCUAAAAUAAUUAUAUCUGAAACUAUUCCUGUAACAAUUUAUUGGUCCUAUAUAAUCCACCUAGUCAAAGCGCAGUUUUAAUACUAGCUAGGUAGAUAUAACUUAAUUUAAUUAUAAUGUAUGAUUUUAUGAGUGUGGCUAAUAUGACGAAUAGAAUGGUUGAGGUUAUAGCGAUUUUUUCUACUCAACGAUUUAUUUCAACGCUAUAAUAUGGGACCGAACUUACAUAGUUUUGUUAUUGUUUGAUAUUUCAUUUUGUAUAAAGUACUUCUAUUAAAUUUUAAGUUCAUUAUUUAUAUGUAAUUAAUUAAAGUAGAAAAGGUACUAUUUAUUUUUAUGCGAUUGAGGAUUUUUGGGCAUUAGAUCGAGGGUAAAGUGAAGACACGUAAAAAAAGUAAUAGCACGGUGUUUGGUAGGUAGUGUAGAUAUUAUUCGUGACUUCACAUCCCCUUUAACCCAAGUAUUGUCUCACAACAAAUAUUAAGACGCGUUAUACCGUUAAGUUUAUGUAAUGAGCAAACCAAAAUCACAAUAAAAGAAUGAGUGUUGGAAUUAACAGAGAAUC